AUGAUUCCAGUUACAAGAUGGGUAAUCUUGAGCAUAUUCUUUCACGUGUUGCUAGUACUGGCAAAUUCAGAGACUUUCGAAGUGAGGCAAGCAUUGGUCAAGUUCAUGAACGAGAUUUCUCUUGGAAACAUCUCAAAAGAUGUAAACUUUGGAUGGAAUUUAUCAUCUGAUCCCUGUACCAACAAAUGGGAGGGGAUAACUUGUGAUUCAGGUAUGCAACAUGUGCAACAUAUCGUUCUUGAUCAGAAGAAUCUCACUGGAAUUCUUGAUGCUGCUUCUGUCUGUGAGGCUACUUCCCUUGCUGUACUAAGCUUGAAUGAGAACAAAAUUAUUGGCAUUUUAACACAAGAAAUAUCAAACUGCAGGCGUCUCACACACUUGUAUCUGCGUAGGAACAAAUUAACAAGCAAUUUACCAAGCUCUCUUUCGCGAUUAAAUAAUUUGAAAAGGUUUGUUGUUUCAGACAAUGCCUUCUCAGGGCAGCUACCUGAUAUGUCAAGAAUAUCAGGGUUGCUAACUUUUUUGGCAGAAAGAAACCAGCUAACAGGGCAAAUACCAAAAUUUGAUUUUUCCAAUCUUGUAGAUUUCAAUGUCUCCUACAAUAAUUUAACUGGUCCAGUUCCUGAUGUCAAGGACCAUUUUGAUUCCAACAGUUUUUUGGGUAAUCCUGGAUUAUGUGGACUUUUUAAGUGCAUUAGGAGGAAAAAGAGCAAGAGUACUGCUCUAAAGGAUCAGAACAAGAACACUAGCUCUGGUGAGUCAAAGGCUCCUGGAAACAGGUCAGAAUAUUCAAUAACAUCUCCAGAAAACUCAAUGUUCUCAGCAUCUUUUGAAAUCCUUUCAAGUCCUAUGGCUAACAAAUUGAGAUUCGAGGAUUUGCUUCGAGCUCCUGCUGAACUGAUCGGGAAAGGAAGACAUGGAAGUGUUUACAAGGUAGAAGCUGAUGGAGGAGUAACAUUGGUAGUAAAGAGGAUAAGGGGAUGGAAUAUUUCAAAAGAUGAUUUCAAGAAGAGGAUGCAUAGAAUACAUCAAAUGAAGCAUCCUCAUAUGUUACCCCUUAUUGCCUUCUACAGUUCCAAGCAAGAGAAGCUAACAGUUUACAAGUACCAGCAGAAUGGCAGUCUCUUCAAGCAUCUCCAUUCAUCUCAGGGCAACCAAAUUUUCGACUGGGCAAGCAGAUUAGGAAUUGCAGCCACUGUAGCUAAGGCCUUAGCUUUCAUGCAUGAAGGCCUUCAGAAUGAUGAUAUUCCUCAUGGAAACUUGAAAUCCACCAACAUUUUGCUGAACGAAAACAUGGAAGCCUGUAUCAGCGAGUAUGGUCUAAUGGUCAACAAUGAACACCAGUCAUUUGUUGCUCAAAGUGAUAACAACAUCAGAGAAGAUGAUUCGGUCACAAUUAGUGCACGUAACGCUUUCAAGAUGGAUGUUUAUAGUUUUGGAGUGAUUCUUCUUGAAUUGCUCACAGGUAAGCCUGUUCAGGCUAGUGGAAAUGAUUUGGCUAGGUGGGUAAAUUCAGUGGUUAGAGAGGAAUGGAGUGGUGAAGUUUUCGACAAGGCGCUCAUUGCAGAUGCUGCAAAUGAAGAAGGAAUGAUCAAUCUGUUGCAAGUAGCUAUCAAAUGCAUAAAUCCAUCACCAGAUUCAAGGCCAAACAUGAAGGAAGUUGCUUUAAUCAUCAAUUCUGUUAAGGAAGACGAUGAGAAAUCCUUGUCCAUAUUCAGCAGUGAGGGUGACAGGAGACGAUUUGUUGAGUUGAUAAAUGAUUGGGUCAAUGAGUUUAAUGUGGAAUGUCUUUGUCCAAUAGAAGCAUACUGUCGUUUGCCUUAA